CACCGUGAGCUCGCACCGGGAACUGAUUCACCUGAGACACACGCGAGGAAACAGAUCGUGUUCCGGACUGAACGUGUGUUGGAAGUGAGUUUAGGAAUCCUGCAGAAAGUGUCUGAUCAGAGAAACAUCCGGGAUAAUCCACGUGAACCAACAAAGGAGGUUGUGAACGCUCAGAUAUCUCAUCUCGCUGAACGCCCCCAACAAAGAGCACUCGACUUUGAGACACUUGUGAGCUGCAGAGGUGUAUUGUGGGUAAGAAAUACAGACACAACACACGCCAACUCAAACCGACUGAGCAACGGGAUGCCAGGAAUGAGUUCACAGGAGACCAGCACGCAAUCAAGCCACAACGGGGAUAAGCAGCAAGGCAGCACUCCAACUGAGGACGAACCCACGACCCCUCAAAUCCGAACAAACCCAAAGUACCAGCUCUUCCUGGGGUCCAAUGAUACCAGCGGCUCUAACGGUUCGGUGUUGAAGACCAGCUCACUUAAUGGCGGAACCAAAGGAACCAAAAUCAGUUCAACCAUGCCCGGAUCAAUGGAGUCACUGUCGUCACGGGACUUGGACAGCAUGUCUGACAGAACAGGUGGAUUUGAAAGCCCUCCCAGAGUAUUUAACAGUCCGUAUGCAAUGAUGUCAUUGGACUAUAAUCCCUUAAACAAAACAUCUGAUUAUAAGCAGACACUGGAAGUGAUGUCACCUGGUGUCUCGGAGAUGAACCUGUUCGGUUUAAACAGAAGUGUGAGUCCCGUUCGCAGUCCGGUCAUGGCUCAUCGCUCGCGCAUUACCAACUACGACAGUCUCACUCGAAGACGAGAGCCUCCUCCAGGUCAAUUAAUCAUGCAGCGAAACAACCAGCCGAACAAACGUGAUUUCAUCCAGGAACUGACCAAACAACUGGAGGACUGUCAGAGGAGGAAUCAGUUCCUGGAGGCAGAGAGAAUCGAGAUGGAGAAGGAGAGAAAUCAGAUCCGCUUUGAGAUGAGGGGUCUGCUGGUGAAUAAUGAAGAUCUGCUGCGCACAAACACACAGAUGCAGGGAGAGACGAGUCGACUGAGGGAGAGGAUCGUUGAGCUGGAGAGCAACAACAACGUCCUGAUAGAACGCUUCAAACAGAUGGAGAAAGAGCUGAAGGACGCUCGAGAGGUGAUGUUAGAAGCAAACACACAAGAAUAUGCCUUCAACUUCCUGCAACAGUCACUCAAGAACAAAAUAAAAGACACAGAGGACGCUCUGGAGAAACAGGCGCAGCACGCUCGGACUAUGUCUGAGAAAUUGUGGAUCGCUGAACGCAAUCUAGAAGAACUGGGGGUGGAGAAAGAAACUAAAGCCAAGAAAGCUCUAGAACUCAGUAACAGUGUGUUCAGACUGGAGACAGAGCUGUCAGACGCUCUUCAGGAAUCCAAUCGUGCUCGAGCUGAACUGAGUCUGCAGCAGAAGUUGCGAGCGGAUGCGCAGCUGCGUGUGGAGGAGCUGGAGGAGAGCGUUCUGGAGAAAGAUCAAGAGCUCCUGCGUCUCACACAGAUCGUCAGCAGACUGCAGGGAGAGGUGACGGUGAAGUUGAGCGAUCGGGAACAGACUCUAGAAGAGGAGAUUCAGCUGCGUGAACGUGUUCAGCUUCAGUGUAAACAAGCCGAGAGAGCUGUGGAGGAUUUACGCAUGGAAAUGCAGACGCUGAAUCAGUCAAGAGACGACCUCGCCAAACAACUCAAGCUAGCACAGGAGAAGAUCAUCGAUCUAGAGAGUGAUCUGGAGGAUCUGCAGGAGAACGAGCAGAAAUGGGCAUCCAAACACAAGAGAGCUCUGGAUCAGUCUGAACAACUACAGCUGAAACUCAUUCAGAAGAAAGAUCUGACCGACCAGCUCGAGUGUGAGAAAGUCAUUCUGGAGAGACAGCUGCGUGAUCUGCACUGUGAGAUGGAGGAACUGCAGAAUAACAAGGUUGAAGUGGAUUCCAUCACGAGAGCGGAGAUUAAAGCUAAAGAACUGGAGAAUACCCUCCGAACAGAGGAGAGGAAUAAAGUGGUGAUGGCGAACACAAUCAGUAAACUUGAGAGGAAGAUCAAUGAAGUGACGGAACAGAUGGAGGAAGAGCACAAGAUCUCUGCUGAACAGAGAGAGCUGAUGACUCAGCGUAUCCGUUCACUGAAGCGACAGCUGAAUGAGGCCGAGGAAGAGGCGAGUCGACGUGACGUUCAGCACAGACACACACAGAGAGAACUGAUGGAGGAGAGAGAAGCUAACGGCAGACUGCAGAGACAACUACUGGACCAACAAAUGACCAUGAAGAGGAAAGAGUCGAGACAGACGUUGGAGAACCUGAAACUGGAUGUGAGUGUGGAAGAGGAAGAGGAAGAUCAGGAGGAGAAAGAGUCCACACCCACAGAGAAGCAGCUGUCGCAGGUGUGACACACAUCCAAAACAAAGCAGAACUUUCAGACAGAAAGGCCAACGGGACCACCGCCGGACCACCGCCCGGACCACCAGCGAUCAAGAGCACACGUCCUUCUGUCAAGCUUCUCAGUUUUAUGAGUUCCAGUGAAAAUACUUCAGUCCAAAACCAUUUCCUGUCCGUCAUAGAAAUCCACAAUCACAGAUUACCGUCACCGCGGCUCCAUUAGAACUCGACACAAGAACCGACUCUGAUGUUCUGAAUAUAAUCGUUGUUAGUUGCACUAGAGACUUUAGAUCUGCUCAAACACCCUUUAUACAGGUAAAGGCCAGAAACGAUCCUUUGACAAGGGUGAAAACUGCUUCCGUUUCCUGUAGUUCAUUGGUUUUCCAGCUAUGUUUCUGUUCCGUUGUUUCUCUGUGUAAUUGCUGUAUUGUGUUUGUUUGCAUAUGUAUCGACUCACUAGAGCUGUAAACAGAUUAUCAUAUAUAUAUAUAUAUAUAUAACACAUGUAGUUAAUCCUUCCCUAUAUAAGACUUGAUGUAUUUUAGGACUGUUGAACUUGUAUUGAAUGGAUUUCUCUGGACAGAUUAUUUCAGUCUCACUUUGUGUGUAAGUGUGCAUUCAUAACAGACACACAUAUUUAACUCUUGAGUCCGGGAGUAGCUGAUAUUAGCAGUGGCGGAGUUAGGGGGUGUGGCCACCAUGGACUGAAGCCUGGCCAUCCCAUUGGCCACUCCAUUGGCAAUUGCUGUUUUAGUCAUUUUUUGGCACAAUUUAUUCCUUUAGAGGUGAAAUCAUCAACCUAACAUGUGCGCACACACCAAUGUCGCCAAACCUCUCUGUCUGUCACGGGGCGUGCAGCGUGAUUAAAGGAGUGUGUGAGAGUGUGUGCGUGUAUGUGUAAGUGAGUGUGCGUUAUUGUGUGAGUGAGUGUGUGUGUGUAUGUGUGAGUUAUUGUGUGAGUGAGUGUGUGUGUGAGUGUGUUAUUGUGUCAGUGAGUGUGUGUGUGUGUGUUUGUGAGUGUGUGUGUAUGUGUAAGUGAGUGUGUGUGUGAGAGUGUGUGUGUUUGUGUGUGUAUGUGUAAGUGAGUGUGCGUUAUUGUGUGAGUGAAUGUGUGCGUGUAUGUGUGAGUGUGUGUUAUUGUGUGAAUGUGUGUUAUUGUGUGAGUGAGUGUGAGUGUGUGUUAUUGUGUCAGUGAGUGCGUGUAUGUGUGAGUGUGCGUUAUUGUGUGUGUGAGCGUGCGUGUAUGUGUGAGUGUGCGUUAUUGUGAGUGUGCGUUAUUGUGUGUGUGUGCGUUAUUGUGAGUGUGCGUUAUUGUGUGAGUGUGAGUGAGCGUGCGUGUAUGUGUAAGUGAGUGUGCGUUAUUGUGUGUGUGUGAGUGUGUGUUAUUGUGUGUGUGUGAGUGAGCGUGCGUGUAUGUGUAAGUGAGUGUGCGUUAUUGUGUGUGUGUGAGCGUGCGUGUAUGUGUGAGUGUGCGUUAUUGUGUGUGUGUGAGUGAGCGUGCGUGUAUGUGUAAGUGAGUGUGCGUUAUUGUGUGUGUGUGUGAGUGUGUGUUAUUGUGUGUGUGUGAGUGAGCGUGCGUGUAUGUGUAAGUGAGUGUGCGUUAUUGUGUGUGUGUGUGAGCGUGCGUGUAUGUGUGAGUGUGCGUUAUUGUGUGUGUGUGAGUGAGCGUGCGUGUAUGUGUGAGUGUGCGUUAUUGUGUGUGUGUGUGAGCGUGCGUGUAUGUGUGAGUGUGCGUUAUUGUGUGUGUGUGAGUGAGCGUGCGUGUAUGUGUAAGUGAGUGUGCUUUAUUGUGUGUGUGUGUGAGCGUGCGUGUAUGUGUGAGUGUGCGUUAUUGUGUGUGUGUGAGUGAGCGUGCGUGUAUGUGUAAGUGAGUGUGCAUUAUUGUGUGAGUGUGUGUGUUUGUGUGAGUGUGUGUUUGUGUGUGCGUGUAUGUGUGAGUGAGUGUGUGAGUGUGAGUGAGUGUGUGUGAGCGUGUGUAAGUGAGUGUGUGUGCGUGUAUGUGUUAGUGAGCGUGUGUUUGUGUGAGUGUGUGAGUGUAUAUGAGUGAGUGUGUGUGUGUGUGUGUGUUUGUUUGUUUGUUAAUGUGUGUGGAGUGUGUGUGUGUGUGUGUGUGUGUGUGUGUGUGUGACUAUAUAAAAAUGCUGCCCUCAGACUGAUCGUUUGCCCCUGCCUGGCCACCCCUUUGAAAAACUCCUUGGCUCCGCCCCUGUAUAUUGCUUCUGCUGAAGGGUAUUGACCAGGUAAAAAGGACGAAUCUCAGUUGCCUCCGCGUCUGAGACCGUCAAUCUGCGCAUCUUAUCACAUGCGUUACCAUGGAGACGUAGCGCGUGUGGAGGCUUCACACUAUUAUUCGCGACAUCCACGCACAACUCACCACACGCCCCACCGAGAGCGAGAACCACAUUAUAGCGACCACGAGGAGGUUACCCCAUGUGACUCUACCCUCCCUAGCAACCGGGCCAAUUUGGUUGCUAUGGAGACCUGACUGGAGUCUCACGACUCACUCACGACACCAGGUUCGAUAGCCAGCGUCAAUACACGCUAAGCUACUCAGACCCCCAAUUUAUAGCCUAUUGAACGUUUACAGUAAUUGAUGAUGGGAAGCUUCACAAUCUCAGAACGGUUCAUCUUUAUUCUUUAAUAACACUUUACACACAUCACUCAAAAAUAAAGGCUUUCAAAGACAACAGAGGAGUCAUUUGUACCUGCAUUACAGUUUCAACUCAAAGUUAUUUGUGUUAUUUUGCCAAAUACACUUUCAAUGCAAUAAAAUACACACAAGAUCAGAACUCGUAUAAAGACAGGUCAUCGGUGUCAUCGGUCAGUGGAUGUUUACAGGCACAAGUAGAGCGAGACCCCUUCAGACAAUGUAAACUUUAAGAGAACAAAAUCACUUUUUUAUCAUAAAGCCAUUCCUUUAACCACAUGAGGUACUGGACCAGUGAAACAGACACGAGAAGCUAAAGACAGCCGGUGCUGUUGAAGGCCAAGCAGCAGAAGUUCUUUAGAAACCGUUUCAUGGAUACAAAUACAAACGUGAAUGUUUGCUCCGGAGAUUGUCACAUUUAAAGGCCUGUCCGACCUGUCGUGUCUUUCUACAGCAUGCCUGAAAUACAAGCAACAUCAGUGGAAAUAAACAUUCAUCAAACACUCGAUCAGCCCUGUGGAGAGACUUCAGUCAGAUACUAUCAUAUUAAAAAUAGGGGGAAAUAAAUGGCACUUUUGCACGGCAUGAAACGGGUCGACUCGUACAGUACAGUGUACAAGAGCAAACCAAUAAUAUUACUGCCGACAUUAGAAUCAUCAUGAUUAACGUAAAUUGACGUUAGCAUUACUAGUCGCACUUUUGCACGGCAUGAAACGGGUCGACUCGUACAGUACAGUGUACAAGAGCAAACCAAUAAUAUUACUGCCGACCUUAGAAUCAUCAUGAUUAACGUAAACUGACGUUAGCAUUACUAGUCGCACUUUUGCACGGCAUGAAACGGGUCGACUCGUACAGUACAGUGUACAAGAGCAUACCAGUAAUAUUACUGCCGACCUUAGAAUCAUCGUGAUUAACGUAAAUUAACGUUAGCGUUACUAGUGGCACUUUUGCAUGGCAUGAAACGGGUCGACUUGUACAGUACAGUGUAUAAGAGCAAACCGAUAAUAUUACUGCCGACGUUAGAAUCAUCGUGAUAAAUGUAAAUUAACGUUAGCGUUACUAGUCGCACUUUUGCACGGCAUGAAAUGGGUCGACUCGUACAGUACAAUGUACAAGAGCAAACCGAUAAUAUUACUGCCGACAUUAGAAUCAUCGUGAUAAACGUAAAUUAACGUUAGCGUUACUAGUCGCACUUUUGCACGGCAUGAAAUGGGUCGACUCGUACAGUACAAUGUACAAGAGCAAACCAAUAAUAUUACUGCCGACGUUAGAAUCAUCAUGAUUAACGUAAAUUAACGUUUUACACGAGUGUAACAGUUAAAUUGGUCUUGUUGUUUUAGAAGUGUUCCAGUAGCUGCUCAACUAAAUAAAGUGAAGCUUUCAAGCAGAUUAUAGAGUUAACGUAACAAAACGUACCAUCCUCCAUCGUGGACUCCAACAACGCCGUGAACGAGUCCAGCGCACUCUCCCUCCCAUUGCUCGCCGGUCUAGAUAGCGUCCAUUUGGUCGAACCACUUCCACAUUUCCUUGAUGGUUCUGUAGUCACUUAAGUUUAUUUUAACUUUUCCCUACACUUCCGGUAGGUCCAGUGGUAGCCGUGAGACACUUCCUGAAAGACUUUGUCGUCUCGCGUCAUUUCGUUCGUUCACUAAAGAGAGGAACGUUUGCACCUCGUUUAUUGACCACGGUGUGGUUUUGCGCACAGCCAUUUCUUUUUACAACUCGAAAGUCACGUGAACAAAUGAUACUGCUAUCGCUGUUGCUAACUGCUAACUAAACUAGCGCAUUGAUGUUCCGUGUCGCUAAUCCAGUGACGCUGCUAGUGACGAUUCUCUCCGACCAAUCAGUGAUCUGCAGGGUUUUGACAUCACAUUUAGUAUCGGCUCGGCUCGCUUGGAACCUCGACUGAGGUGGCACUAAAAAAGUACCAGAUACCAGGAACUAUCCACAGCGGGAAACCCCCAAAAAGCGAGCAGAGUCGAACCGUACCGUGCUGUGGAAAAGCCCCAUAAGAGUGAUAUGGCACAAUAUGUCUGUUUUGGCACGUUGGACAAAAAAAUAAAAAAAUAAAUCAAGAAAAUAAAUUAUUUACUCAUUUUAAGUUCCAGUUUGUGGUUCCAGUUCAGACCUCAUUAUACAACAGGAACUACAUGGAUUAAUCAUAUUAACCGUACAUACAUUUGGCGACGACAUUUCCAAAUCAAGACAAAGUAGCUACAAAUUAUAUUUCGAAAUUUUGU